GUCGCAGCUUCGCCCUUCUUGUCUCUGACCCCCAUCUCCCUCCGUUCUCGACCCUGUUCGUCUUUGUUUCGUCCUCAAGCAACGCGUUCGGUGUGAAUAUGGCUGCUGAGAGACGCGUCUACUUCGGCAAGAUGCCGAACGACAUUGACGAAGAUGACUUGCGCAAACACCUCUCUAUCUACGGACCAAUAGUAGACUUGACGUUGAGGACAGGCUUCGCGAUCGUAAAGUUCGAAUCAGACAAGGAUGCCCUGGACGUUGUCUCCGUGCUAGCUAAGCGUCGCUUUCUGGGGGCCGAACUUCACGUCUCGUUGUACGUUCCUCGCACAAAACUGCGGGACGUCGAACAUCCUCCGGCUCGCGAACCGCGUGGUCGGCAAGCGUUGCGAGAAUACUCGGCAUCCGUUGAUAGCAGGAACACGGUGGCGAUCACGUACCUCAACAGGGAAAUAUGCUGGCAGCAAUUGAAAGAUUUUGCACGGAGCGCUGGCCGUGUCGCCUACUGCGAGAUCGGUAAAAUGGGUAGACGUGUUGGGUUCGUCAAGUACGAGACCAAGCAAGAGGCGGACAACGCCAUUGACCAACUGGACGGCAAGGAAUUGAUGAAUUGUCGUGUGCGCAUCGUUUCGCUGGAUGAAUAUGCCACUCGCGUCCGUGAAACCGAACCUCUGCUGCAGGCUGGUAGGAUGCGGUCGCCCGCAGCACAGUCUACAGUGAAGCAAGAGCGAAUAUCACCCCAUGGCACUCGCGUCGCGCGCCGCGAGGACAGUCGUGGAAGGAGCCCCGCAAGGCGCAUCACUUGUCGUUCGGGUGACCCUAGAACAGAUAGGGACAUGCAGAUAGCGUUCGAGGAGCAAGUCGAUCCUGUGGAACCUGGCGAACUGGCCGAGAAUAACAAAGAGAACGAGACACCGGGCACCGGCAACGUCGAGGCCUCCCCUGUAUGGUAGUGAGACUGCCAUGGCGGUAUGGAUCCUGGCAGUGCUUACGGGACACGAUACUUCAUGGACGAUAUGCGGAUCAGAAGGCCGCACAAACUGUACGUGUUCAUGAAACCGCAGGCGAAGAGGUUCCCGA